ACCAACGGUUCUUGCAUGAGGCCCAGUGCUCCAAUUCAUCAGUACAUUUUCCAUUCCAUCCUAUCAUCACUCAGGAACAAGACUCCCAAAUACCUGAGACUCACCCCUGAACUCACCUGUUUCUACAGUGACCUGCAGUCUGUUACUGCUGACCUGUCACUGAGGAUGAUGAUGAUGACCUCGCCCCCCACAGAGAAAAUGAAGAAGAAACCUCCAAAGGACAGUUUGACUCUGCUGCCAUGUUUCUACUUUGUGGAGCUACCCAUUGUGGCUUCUUCUAUGGUGUCGCUGUACUUCCUAGAGCUGACGGAUGUGGUGCAGCCAGCUCAAGUGGGUUUUCGUUGCCAUGACAGGGAUCUCAGCAUGCCAUACGUGGAUGAAGGAGAUGAGUUGAUUCCUUUAUUGAUGCUGCUGAGCCUCGCCUUUGCUGGCCCAGCUGCUUCGCCCUGUUAUCUACCCUCCUACACCUGGUUUUAUCAGAUCAUGCUGGUUGAAGGGGCCAUCUACUGCCUGCAGUCCCACCUGAAGAUUCACAGAUCUGAAGGCAGCAUUAACGCUGGAGGCUGCAGCUUCAACUCCUUCCUGAGGAGGACAGUCCGCUUCGUAGGUGUGCAUGUGUUUGGUCUCUGUGCGACAGCGCUGCUUACUGACAUCAUCCAGCUGGCGACAGGUUACCAUGCUCCAUUCUUCCUCACCGUAUGUAAACCCAACUACACCCUGGCCGGCGCGUCAUGUGACCAAAACAUUUACAUCACUAAAGACAUCUGCUCGGGACACGACCAGCAUGCCAUCAUGACGGCCAGGAGAACGUUUCCAUCCCAGCAUGCAACUCUGUCUGCGUUUGCUGCCGUUUAUGUGUCAAUGUACUUUAACUCAACCAUCUCGGACAGCACCAAGCUGCUGAAACCGGUCCUGGUGUUCAUGUUUGCCAUGGCAUCAGCAUUAACGGGCUUGACCCAGAUCACUCAGCACCGCAGCCAUCCCAUUGAUGUGUAUGUAGGCUUCCUGAUUGGAGCCUUCAUCGCUGCGUACCUGGCUUUUCACGCCGUCGCCAACUUCAAAUCGUCUGAUGAUGUCAUUCAGACCACACCCCCUCCACCCCCAAAGAAAGACCCUCUGCGAGCGUUGACUGAGCGAGGACACGAGUCGGUCUAUCACAAGGGCCCCGCCUCAGCCUCAGAGAGCAACGAUGAGAUUGCAGCUGCUCCGGCCCCCUUGGACCGGUUGGAGGUUCUGGGGUCCCUGCAGAGGGAGAAGGGCUCCAUGGGGAGCCUGAAGAGGGCCAGUGCGGACAUUGAGCUGCUGGCCCCUCGGAGCCCCAUGGGGAAGGAGACCAUGUUGACCUUCAGUAACACGCUUCCAAGAGCUAGCAUGAAUGCUAACGGAGCUCUGUGUUCCACUGAGACCCCAGCUGAGCCGGUUCAAGUGGCCCAUCCUGUGCAGCGGCGUCUGAAAGCCGUGCAGGUCCCUCUGGACCCAAUGCGGUCUCAGCAGCUGGUAUCAGAGUGGAAGCAGAAGUCGAUGGAGAUGCGAGGCGUGGGACCCCGGGAUGAGGAAGAACCCAGUGAAGAUGGCUCAGAAGCAGGUUCCACUGGAACUGACGACACAGGUUCUCAGGCUCCCAUCUACCAGCCCUCGGUCCAGACUGUGAGGGUGAGCUCCAGUCGCAACCCCACACCUCCUCCUGGUGGUGCCAAAGCUGUAGUAACUCCCAGACCCCCACAGAUCCCUGAAGCUGGACCCCCACCAGUGUCUCCAAAGAGUGCUUUGACGCGGGCCAAGUGGCUGUCCAUCCGGGAGAAGGCCGGGGGGGAGGUUUCCGGCCGCAGUGCUGCCAACCAGCCUCGACUCAUGCAGGUCAUCGCCAUGUCCAAGCAGCAGGGCCUCCUUCCCUCCUCAGAGACUGUGUCCACCUGCUCCGGCACCUCCUCCAUGGACUCUCCACUCUGCCGCACCUCCUCUGAGAACCAGCGGGAGGGGCCGGGUAUCAUCACCGUGGAUGCACACGCCCCUCACCAUCCUCUAGUGCAGGCCCCACCCCCUCCCCAAGCCCCGCCCUUAGCAGGCAAUGGGAAUUCCUGGGACUGGAUGAUGGUGUCCAAUGGAGAUGACCCACGAGACUCUUAUGACCUGAACAAGCGGAACGGAGGAAACUCCUCUGCCCGUGGCAGCAGCUUUGGUCCACGCCGAUCAGCAUCGCCAGCCGCCACCAUUGACCCCUCCCCGGCACUGCCCCACCCACAGGUGGCUGCAUCAGCUGAUGCUCAGCGCAGGGAGAUGGCCAUGAGACGCAAAACCGCUCUGGUUCUGUUGGAUCGAGAGAUCCGAAACCAAACUGAACAAGAGAAUUAUUAUAAGAGUCUGCAGGGACGAAGGUUUAAAGAAUAAUUUCAUAUCCUUUCAAAAUAAAAGCCUUAUGCUAAAACUAUUUAACACCACUACACAACACCUGGACAGCAAGGAGAACUGGGUUUCCAUCAGGACACAUAGUCUUUAUCUGUUACAGUUUCUUCAGGAAAGAUGUCCUCGCUGAGUCUAGCUGCGUUUUCAUUACAAAUGUGCGCAAAACUUUGUCGAUAUUCUGUUAAUGUCGAAAAACAGUUUCACAACGGCAGUGUUUCCACUAAGU